CCGAGAUCUUAUCGUUAUCCGCCUCCCCCCUCACUCUUUCCUCCUCUCCAGCUCCUCUACUCCCUGCCUAUAUCAAACAGCAAAAAAUGGCAGUCGACCCCAAGAUCCUCGUCAGAGUCUGCAUCUCGCACUUCCUCUCGACCUGGAACUCGCGCGUGUUUGAGUACACCGCCGUGCUCCUCCUCGCAUCGAUCUUUCCCCAGACGCUCAUGCCUCCUUCGAUCUACGCUCUGGCUCGCGCGCUGUCGGCGAUCUUGCUCGCGCCUGCGUUUGGGAGACAGGUUGAUAAAGUGAACAGGCUUGUGGUCGUCAGACGGACUAUUGUCCUCCAGCGUCUCGCGGUAUGCGUGUCCUGCGUGCUUCUAGCACUAAUGAUCCACUUCAACGUCGGCGCCCCCUCAUCAAGUCUCGCAAUCAAAGCCGGUUCGAUUGCGAUUCUCUCCCUGAUUGCCUGCGUCGAGAAGCUGAUGUCGAUCAUGAACACCGUCUCCGUCGAGCGCGACUGGGUGGUCGUCAUCGCUGGCGCAAACAGCGCCGACCUGCGCUACACAAACUCCAUCAUGCGCCGGAUCGACUUGUUUUGCAAGAUGAUUGGCCCGCUUGCGAUCUCGUUCCUCAUCGGCUUCACGUUAGUCGGGACUGCCUGGCUGCUGGUCGUGUUCAACUUCCUGUCGGUCUUUGUCGAGUACUUUUCGAUCGCGAGAGUCUAUCAGCUCGUGCCGGCUCUUGCUGUCCGCGCGAGAGCAUCAGACGAGGCUGCUGACUCUGAAGCAGAGCAGACCGGCUUGCUUUCCACCUCUGACGAGGAGGACGUGGCUCCCGCUCCUGCUGCCAACCGCUCGCCUUUCCUAACCUACACGCGCCACCAGCUUUUCCUUCCUUCAUUUGCGCUGUCGUGCUUGUACUGGAACGUUCUCUCUUUUGGCGGUCUCUUUGUGACCUACAUGCUCGCAGUCGGCUACUCCCCAGCCGUGAUUGGUAUCCUCCGCACUGUCUCCGUCACGUUCGAGUUAGCAGCCACCUGGCUCGCUCCGAUCGUCAUGUCAAAGAUCGGACCGAUCCGAACAGGGCUCUGGUUCCUCAACUGGGAAACCAUCUGCAUCUUCGGCGCCGUCGUCGCAAUCUACCACUCCGACGUCGUCUCCUCCCCUUCCUCCCCCGAGCCAGAAACCCUCGCGGCAGCCGUCACCAGCAAAUUCUUCUUCUUCUUCACCUCAAAAUCCACCUUCCUCGUCGUCUGCUCCGUCGUCCUCUCCCGCCUCGGCCUCUGGGGCUUCGACCUCAGCGCGCAGACGCUCAUCCAAGAAGGCGUCGAGCCCGAGCUCCGCACCACGUUUUCCUCCGUCGAGUCCUCGUUCCAGAACGCGUUCGAGCUCAUGUCGUUCGCGUCCACGAUCGUGUUUAGCAAAGCCGAAACGUUCUGGAUCCCGUCCGCGAUGAGUUUUGCGGCAGUCGCGCUGGGCGCGGUGUGCAUGGCGGCGUAUACGUUGAAGAUUAGGCGGCAUUUGUUUCAUGUGCCGAACGCGCAGACGUUUACGAGGAUGUUUAAGAGUAGGGAGAGUGUAAGGGAAACUGUUAUUCAGCAGGAGCUUGAUGAGGAUGUUUGAGUAUGAUGCAGUCAUCGUAGUAUGUGUAGGGUUUUACUUCAACCGUUACUCUAAAUCAUAUCGAUCUUACUCAUGACACUUUCCAAUGAGACAUAUGAAGUUAAUGACUAAGAGACGGUGACCAUUUCAAUCAUCGACUACUUGCUCUGCCUGUCCUACAUACUUGCUGGCUUAAAAAUCAGAUCUGGGAUGAUAAUAUGAGGAUUUAUUUUUUUUUCUUUAUUGGUUUUACAAUACGAAAACACUACGCGCUCUUAUACAACAAAUACAUACUGUAUACAAGUCUGC